GAGAGAUUAAGUCCACACGAUGAGUUUGGGGGCUCCCACACGUAAUCCCAUGGAUUAUAAUGGAAUGGAAUAGUCCGCCCCCCAACCCAAACCCAACGCCGGACUCUGUUCUCUCCCACCACCACCAUCAUCGAAAGGAUAAGCUUACCUUACCAAUUUCUCUACUUUCACCACAUUUUCACUUCAAAAAACCCUACUUUUCUUGUUUCUAUGGACAUCAUUUCUUUGCCAUGAGCUCUGAAGCCGUAGGGGAGGAGUUAAGGAACCAAACCCAGAAAUUCAGUACCAGAAAGGGUCAGCUGCAUGAGUAGGUUUAGGUUAGAAUCUUACUGGUCCUUUAGGGUUGGGAGCUUCAACUUGAAGCAGAAGCAGCAUCAUCAUCAACAUCAUCAACAACAAUGGCUACGGCUAUGGCUACAACAAUUUCUGGUGGUUGUACGGUCACUCUUUCACACUUGCUAUCUUCUACUUGUUCCUUCUCUUUUUCUGCACGGAAAGCUUCCGUUUUUCCAAUGCAAGGGGAUUUUUCUCGAUUACGCUAUCGUCUCACUACUCGCCGAUGGUUGAGUUCCCGUUACUUAUCAUCUGCUUCUAAUGGAGUUGAUGGUUUCAUCUCGAGGUGUUCAUUGACCAACACUGAUACACAGUGCAACCAUGUUGCUACCGAAGAUGAAACUUCAGAAGAAUUGUCAGUUGUUGAACCUGAUUGUUCGGUUCCAAUCAUUAAUCUUAAUUCUGAAAUCCUUGAGGCUGAGCCUCUGAGUUUACUAACUGAAGACACUUAUGUGGAUUGUCUGCUAACAACACUUCCAGUUUUAUCAGAGGAGGAACAACAUGCCCUUGCUGCAACUCCCGCCCAUCCAAUGGGAUUAUACGCUUUAUACGCUAGCUGUUUGUCUGGAAAUUUUGUGGAACAACUUUGGAAUUUUGCUUGGCCUUCUGCAAUUGCAAUGAUACAUCCGAGCCUUCUGCCGGUGGCAGUCAUGGGUUUCUUCACCAAGCUUGCAAUAAUCAUUGGAGGCCCUUUAGUUGGGAAGUUUCUGGAUUAUUUUCCUAGAGUACCUGCAUAUAAUUGCUUAAAUGUUGUCCAGGCAGCUGCCCAAUUGUUAUCUGCAACAAUGAUUAUUUAUGCCCAUUCUGUUCCUUUUUCUUCUGGAUCAUCUCUGCUUCAUCAGCCUUGGUUUGUUGCACUAAUACUAGCUGGGGCUGUUGAGAGGCUAUCUGGUGUAGCUUUGGGGGUUGCAAUGGAACGUGAUUGGGUUGUGCAGUUAGCCGGAGUCAAUAGACCUAUUGCGCUUGCACAAGCAAAUGCAAUCCUUAGUCGAAUUGAUCUUCUCUGUGAGAUAGCUGGAGCAUCAUUGUUUGGCAUUCUUCUUUCUAAGUAUGGUCCUGUAACCUGCUUAAAAUUUGCUGCUGGUUUAAUGGUUUGGUCAUUACCAUUUACGAUAAUCCUCACAUGGCUGUCAAACAAGCUCUCUGCUGGGGUUCUUGACCGCCCAAAAUGUUCACCAACUUGUUCCAGAACAUUCACUGAUGAAGCUGAUUCUAAUGCUGAGAGUAUUGUGGAUAAAGGUGUGCAAGCUAUCAAGCUAGGGUGGAAGGAAUACAUGCAGCAGCCUGUUCUUCCUGCAAGCCUUGCCUAUGUGCUCCUAUAUUUCAAUAUUGUUCUCACUCCAGGAAGCAUGAUGACAGCAUUUUUAACACAGCACGGUCUUAAUCCAUCCAUCAUAGGGAGCUUUAGUGGACUAUGUGCGGUUAUGGGUGUUGCAGCUACAUUUGUGUCUGCAAUCCUGAUCAAGCGACUUGGCAUUUUAAAGGCAGGAGCGCUUGGAUUGAUAUUUCAAGCUUCACUUCUCACCAUAGCAGUUGCUGUUUAUUGGAGCGGAUCUCUUUCUCAGCAUAGUCCUCUGCUCUUCUUCUUGUGCAUGAUUGUAUUGUCAAGAGUGGGGCACAUGUCAUAUGAUGUGGUUGCUGCACAGAUUCUACAAACUGGGAUACCAUCUUCGAAAGCCAAUCUUAUUGGGACAACAGAGGUUGCUGUUGCUAGUUUGGCAGAGUCUACAAUGUUAGGGGUUGCAAUUAUUGCCAAUGAUGUCUCACAUUUCAGAUAUCUCGCAAUGCUGUCACUUCUAUCCGUUGUGGGCUCAGCUUUUAUGUACUGCAGAUGGAUGCAUAAUCCAACACAAGAACAAAGGACUCUUUUCUCAUUUGACCCUUUGUUUUAACCAUUCAUUUUUUGGUCAUUGUUGUUGGAUAUACACUACAACAUAUAAUAGAGCUAUCUAUACCUUUUAAAAGGGCCACCCCCACAUAAGGUAUACUUUCUUUCUGAAUCCCUUGUAACUUUCUUUCUUCUUUUUUUUCAUACGGUAGAUUGGCUGUAAAUUAUGUCACACGCUACACAAUCUUUAUAUAGGACUACUUGUAUGUACAAACAUGUUAGAACAUUUGUAAAGCUUAAAUUAAUUCAAUAUCCCAUUUGUUCAGCAAA